AUGGCCAGCUUCGCCGACGAGCUUCUGGCCGACUUUGGCUCGGACGACGAGCAGGAGAUACUCGCCCAGCCCAGUGAUGAUGCGCAGGCGUCGACGCACCAAAAUGGCACCAAGCGCAUACAUCCCGAAGAAGACGAUGAAGGAAAGGGGGCGGAGGACAGCAGCAGUAAACGCAUGCAUCUCGACGAUGCUGAUCUGGACGACCUCGAGGAUGGCAGCGACGACGAAGCCGAUCCGAUGGGCAAAGGCGAGGGCUCGAGCUCGAACGGCUCGGCAGCCACAGGAGGCGUCACACUUGGACGCAAUGCAGUUCAGCCUGCUGCCGAGCGCGACCAGGCCGAGGUGGACGAGCUCGACCUGUCCAAAACCACGAACGUUCGCAGCGUCGCCUCGCUUCUGCGCAGUGGCAGCAAGGUCUAUGGCGUGCUCAAGCAGAUCGACCACUUCAUGUCGCUGCCCGAGCCCGACCUUGCCGGCGUACUGGAAGACUCGCCCGAAUACCACCUCAUUGUCACCGCGAACAACAUCGCCGUCGACGUCGACAACGAGGUGAUGGUGGUGCACAAAUUCAUCCGCGACCACUACUCGCCUCGCUUCCCGGAGCUCGAGACGCUCAUCCCGGGCCCCACCGAGUACAUUCAGGCGGUGCAGGCGAUCGGCAACGACGACGAGAUCAGCAGCGCCAAGCUCGAGGGCGUGCUCCCGCACGGUACGGUGGUAGUCAUCAGCAUGACUGCGUCCACGACAUCGGGGCGUCCUCUGCCUUCAGAGGAGUGGAGAGCGGUGCAAGAGGCGCUCGAGAUGGUGUUGGAGCUCGAAUCGGUGCGCAGCCGCAUCCUGGCGUACGUCGAGUCGCGCAUGUCGUUUGUUGCGCCCAACCUGUCUGCGGUCGUCGGCACGCGCACGGCGACCAAGCUGCUCGGCGCAGCCGGUGGACUCGAGGGGCUCAGCAAGAUCCCGGCGUGCAAUCUGCACCUGCUCGGUGCGGCCAAGAAGAACUCGAUCGGUCUAUCGACCGCGCACGGCGGCUCUUUGCGCUCGUCCGGCUUCAUCACGCAGAGCGAGCUGGUAGCCACCACACCGGACGACUACAAGCGCCAAGCCGUGCGCAUGGUGUCUGCAAAGGCGCUGCUCGCGGCGCGCAUGGACGCGGGCAAGACCACGGCGCGCGACGGAUCGUACGGCCACAAGCUGCACGCCGAGCUCGCGCGCAAGAUCGAAAAGCUGCUCGAACCGCCUCCGCAGAAGCUCGAAAAGGUGCUACCCGUGCCCAAGGAGGGUGGGGGCAAGAAGCGGCGUGGUGGAGCCAAGGCGCGCCGGGCCAAGGAGAGGAACGGCAUGACGGAGCUGCGCAAGAUGCAGAACCGCAUGGAGUUCGGCAAGCAGGAGGAGGAGGCGUUUGGAUACGACGAGUCCGUGGGGCUGGGCAUGAUCAACUCGUCGGCGUCGGGUAAGGUGCGCGCACAGACCGCAGAGGACCGGUCCAAGGCACGCAUGAGCAAGGCGAACAAGAACCGCAUCGCUGCGCUGAGGGGCGCGGCCGGUGGAACCCAGUCCGUGCUCGGCAGGGGUGGGGCGGAUGGAACGGCGUCAUCGCUGGCUUUCACGCCCGUGCAGGGAAUCGAACUCGUCGAUCCGAGUAGGAGAAAGGCUCAGGAGAACGAAAAGUGGUUCAAGCAAGGCCAAUUCUCGCUGCUUCCCGGCGCAAAGUCGUCGCUGCCAGGCUCAAUGCCACCCCCACCCAAACCAUCAAAGUAA